UACCACCACAAGACAAACAACAGGAACGCUAGUGUAGAGUGUGUUGUGCCUUCAUAGUAGGGUGUACCAUGGCUGAUCGAAGCAUUGCAGAAAGCGACAAUUUCUUUAUCCUGUUUGUGGAAAAAGGUUGACUUGGAAUUGACUCCAUCGUGCUCGUGAAGUCUUUCUUCCACACAGAACACUCACUUGCAUAUUAGCAGUCUAUAUAGUGCAAACACUACACAGAGAGCUUUCAUCAAAUGCAACCAUCAGUUUCUUUUAAGCCUUCAACCAGUGUGUGCAAAUUUGUGUGAUCACUUCUCCUGGAUUUGCUUUCUUUUGUUGGCUUUUAGACUUGGAGGGGAAGAAGCAGGAAGCUUUAUCUUAGAAAGUUUGAGGUUCUAUUAGGUCUAUUAUGCUGGAGAAUAUAGCUGUUGCAUUCUGAUAAAAAAUCUGUUAACUGAAUUAGUGCUGAAGUUCAUCUGCAUGGGAAAGACAAUUCAGGUGUUUGGUUUCCCUUCUGUUGUGCCUGCAGAAACAGUCACCAAGUUUUUGGAAUGCUUUACAGGUCAGGGAACAGUAUAUGCUUUAGAGGUUAAGCAGUCCAAAGGAGGAAAUAGAGCAUAUGCUAAAGUCCAAUUCACAAGCGAUAGAAGUGCUGAAUACAUUAUGACCUUGGCAAAGAAACGCCUUAAUUAUGGUUCUUCAUAUUUGAGGGCUUGGGAAAUGGACGUGGAUUUGGUUCCGAGAGCUAGAUCUUUCGAGCAUAACAUGGAGCAAAUAGUUUUACACUUUGGAUGUCAGGUGUCAAAGAAUAGGUUUUCAGUGCUACGGAAUGUUCCAAAUGUCUCCGUCAGGUUUGGGAUUGGAAUGAGGAAAAUGUAUUUUAUUUUGCGGUUUCGCUCUUGUGACUACAAGCUUGAAUUAUCCUAUGAAAACAUAUGGCAGAUUGUACUACAUCGACGUAGUCUAGCACCAAAGUUUCUCCUCAUACAGUUAUUUGGUGCUCCUCGGGUUUUCAAAAAACUUGAAGAAUCCACCUUUAGCUACUUUAAGGAAACUCCAGAUGACCAGUGGGUCAGGACGACAGAUUUCACUUCAUCCUGUAUCGGGCAAUCGUCUGGUAUAUGUUUGGAGCUUCCUCAUGGCAUUCAACUGCCAAAUUUGGGUGAUUAUUUUGCUUGGUUCAAAGAAAGUGACAGCCAAUGUUUUCUAGAAACUGGUUCCCCCUAUUCAUACAAUUUGGUUUUAGCUCCUAUUCUGCAACCUCCCCAAGGACUAUAUUUGCCAUAUGGAAUCUUGUUCAAGGUCUGUUGUUUAGUACAGACUGGAUGUCUUCCAGGGCCAUCACUAGAUGCUAAUUUCUUUAGGUUGGUUGAUCCACGAAGAAUAAAGAUUAGAUACAUAGAACAUGCCUUGGAGAAUCUAUACAUGUUGAAAGAGUGCUGCUAUGAGCCUGUGCAGUGGCUCAAAGAGCAGUACGAUAAGUAUGACAAGCUUCGGCAACUCCCUAAAUCACCUACUCUUACUUUAGAUGAUGGGUUGGUAUAUGUACGGAGGGUUCAAGUUACACCAUGCAAAGUAUAUUUCUGUGGUCCAGAGGUCAAUGUAUCUAAUCGUGUAUUGCGCAACUUUUCAGAGGACAUAGACAAUUUUCUUCGUGUUUCCUUUAUUGAUGAAGAGUGGAACAAAAUGUUUUCUACAGACUUGUCGCCUCGUAUUGGUGCAAAUGAGAAUGGAAGAACCGAAAUUUAUGAGAGAAUACUGUCAACGUUGAAAAAUGGCAUAGUAAUUGGGGAUAAGAAGUUUGAGUUUCUUGCUUUUUCUUCAAGUCAAUUAAGGGAUAAUUCAGUGUGGAUGUUUGCUUCAAGGCCCGGGCUUACUGCUGCUGAUAUAAGAACAUGGAUGGGUGAUUUUAGUAGGAUAAGAAACGUGGCGAAAUAUGCUGCCAGGCUUGGUCAGUCCUUCAGUUCUUCCACGGAAACUUUAAAUGUUGGUAGGCAUGAGAUUGAAAUGAUUUCUGACAUAGAAGUAAGGGGUGGUUACUUCGGCACAUCCAAGUAUGUCUUUUCUGAUGGUAUUGGGAAAAUGUCUGCUCAAUUUGCAAGGCAAGUUGCCACGAAAUGUGGCCUGAGUUUUACUCCAUCUGCCUUUCAAAUUCGGUAUGGUGGUUUUAAAGGUGUUGUGGCUGUUGAUCCCACUUCAUCGAAGAAGUUGUCGCUGAGACAGAGCAUGAUGAAAUAUGAAUCCGAUAACACCAAGUUGGAUGUUUUAGCAUGGAGUAAGUAUCAGCCUUGUUUCCUCAAUCGCCAAUUAAUCACUCUUUUGUCUACCCUAGGGGUCAAGGAUGUUGUCUUCGAAAAGAAGCAAAGAGAAGCAGUUGCCCAGUUGGACACUAUUCUAACUGACCCAUUGAGGGCUCGUGAAGCUUUAGAAUUAAUGGCUCCUGGAGAGAAUACAAAUGUUCUCAAGGAGAUGCUGAAAUGUGGCUAUAAGCCUGAUUCUGAACCAUUUCUUUCAAUGAUGCUGCAAACUUUCAGGGCAUCAAAGUUGCUGGACUUGCGGACUAAAACCAGGAUAUUUAUACCAGAUGGAAGAUCAAUGAUAGGAUGUCUGGAUGAAACCAGAACCUUGGAAUAUGGCCAGGUGUUUGUUCAGUUCUCUAGUGCUGGGUGUAGGCAGUUUUAUGAUGAUUCUAUAUCGUACUAUGAGCACAAGAAUAUUCUUAAGGGGACGGUGGUUGUUGCAAAAAAUCCAUGCUUGCACCCUGGUGACAUUCGUAUUCUAAAAGCUGUAGAUCUGCCAGCAUUACAUCAUAUGGUGGACUGUGUUGUUUUCCCCCAGAAAGGAAAGAGGCCUCAUACAAAUGAGUGUUCUGGAAGCGACUUGGAUGGAGACAUUUACUUUGUUUGUUGGGACCCUGACCUGAUUCCACCUCGGCAAGACGAACCUAUGGAUUACACUCCAGCACCUACUGUGCAGUUGGAUCAUGAAGUUACAAUUGAGGAAGUUGAGGAGUAUUUUACUAAUUAUAUCGUAAAUGACAGUUUGGGAAUCAUUGCGAAUGCCCAUACUGUCUUUGCUGAUCGGGAACUAUUAAAGGCAAGGAGUAAACCAUGUCUGGAGCUUGCACAGCUGUUCUCAAUUGCAGUUGACUUUCCAAAGACUGGCGAAGUUGAGGAGUAUUUUACUAAUUAUAUCGUAAAUGACAGUUUGGGAAUCAUUGCGAAUGCCCAUACUGUCUUUGCUGAUCGGGAACUAUUAAAGGCAAGGAGUAAACCAUGUCUGGAGCUUGCACAGCUGUUCUCAAUUGCAGUUGACUUUCCAAAGACUGGUGUUCCUGCUGAGAUACCAUCUCAUCUACGUGUCAAAGAAUACCCUGAUUUCAUGGAAAAGUCUGACAAGACUACAUAUGAUUCACAGCAUGUGAUUGGAAAGCUUUUCAGAGAGGUAAAAGAGAUUGCACCGCACACAAGUUCUAUUAGAUCAUUUACAAGGGAAGUGGCAAGAAAAUCAUAUGACAUUGGCAUGGAAGUAGAUGGGUUUGAGGAUUACGUUGAUGAAGCUUUUGAUUACAAAAGUGAGUAUGAUUAUAAGUUGGGCAAUUUGAUGGACUACUAUGGCAUCAAAACUGAAGCAGAAAUAUUGAGUGGUGGUAUCAUGAAGAUGUCAAGGUCUUUCGAUCGGAGAAAAGAUGCAGAAGCUGUUGGAAUGGCUGUGAGGUCUUUAAGGAAGGAAGCUAGGACGUGGUUCAACAGGAAUGGAGGUCACUCUGAUGAUGCAUUUGCAAAAGCAUCAGCAUGGUAUUAUGUCACUUAUCAUCCUAGAUACUGGGGUUGCUACAACGAGGGACUGAACCGGGCUCACUACAUUAGUUUCCCAUGGUGUAUCUAUGAUAGGCUGAUUCAAAUCAAAAAAGCAAGGACAAGAAGGGCUCAGCAACCAUCUUCACUGGAGGUGCAGUUUAAUCAUAGACUGAGAUUGUAUUGAAUGAAUAAUUUGGCAUCAAGAAAGUGUGAAUUAGCUUUAAUGCUUUUGGUAAUGAGAAGACUCGGCAGCUCUACUAGUACUAGAGACUCUACUUAGGUGUGGCUUUCAUUUGGAUCUACUACAAUACUGAUUUAUAUCUACUGCUGUAAAUUAAUCAAGUUGUUGAGCGUGUACUUCCUUGUUGUCAUGUGAAUAUAUUUAGGGAAUAUGACAAGUACAUCCCAGUCUUGAACUGGGAAACUUGCCUUGUUUCAUAUUCUGCUUCUCUGAUGGCUGGAGUUAGAUGUCCUUCUCUGAAAUUUC